AGUAAAAAAAUAAAAAAAGUCAAUAGCAAAAGAAGUUAAUACGGACGGAGAAUUCCGGCAAUUAAGAGUGUCGGUAUGUGCAGUUUUCAUGAAAUAUAAAGUCCACACACUGCUCAACUGAACAAACCAACCACUUUGAAUUGCCCAAUAUUUCUAUACAUUGAUGGCGGAAGCUUUCCUUCAAGUUCUGCUACAAAAUAUCACUUCUUUCAUCCAAGAUAAACUUGUAUUGCUUUUCGGUUUCGAAAAGGAAUUUGAAAAGCUCUCGAGUGUGUUUUCCACAAUUCAAGCUGUACUUCAAGAUGCUCAGGAGAAGCAAUUGAAGGACAAGGCAAUAGAGAAUUGGUUGCAGAAACUCAAUUCUGCUGCCUAUGAAAUUGAUGACAUAUUGGGCGAAUGUAAAAAUGAGGCAAGAAGAUUCGAACAAUCUCGAUUAGGGUUUUAUCAUCCAGGAAUUAUCAAUUUCCGUCACAAAAUUGGGAAAAGGAUGAAACAGAUAAUGGAGAAACUAGAUGCAAUUGCCGAGGAAAGAAGCAAGUUCCAUUUCCUUGAAAAAAUUACCACAGAGAGACAAGCCGCCUCUUCGCGUGAAACAGGUUUUGUUUUAACUGAACCAAAAGUCUAUGGAAGGGACAAAGAGGAGGAUGAGAUUGUGAAAAUCCUGAUAAACAAUGUUGAUGUUGCCCAAGAACUUCCAGUCUUCCCUAUAAUUGGUAUGGCGGGACUAGGAAAGACGACACUUGCCCAAAUGAUCUUCAAUGAUGAGAGAGUGACUAAGCAUUUCAAUCCCAAAAUAUGGGUUUGUGUCUCAGAUGAUUUUGAUGAGAAAAGGCUAAUUAAGACAAUUGUUGGAAAUAUUGAAAGAAGUUCUCAUGAUGUCGAGGACUUGGCUUCAUUACAGAAGAAGCUUCAGGAGUUAUUGAAUGGAAAACGAUACUUGCUUGUCUUAGAUGAUGUUUGGAAUGAUGAUCUAGAAAAGUGGGCCAAGUUGAGAGCAGUCUUAAACGUUGGAGCAAGAGGUGCUUCUAUUCUAGCUGCUACUCGUCUUGAAAAGGUUGGAUCAAUUAUAGGAACGUCGCAACCAUAUCAUUUGUCAAAUUUGUCUCCACAUGAUGGUUUACAGUUGUUUAUGCAACGCGCAUUUGGGCAACAAAGAGAAGUGAAUCCUAAUCUAGUGGCCAUUGGAAAGGAGAUUGUGAAGAAAUGUGGUGGCGUUCCUUUAGCAGCCAAGACUCUUGGUGGUCUUUUACGCUUCAAGAGAGACGAAAGUGAAUGGGAACAUGUGAGAGAUAAUGAGAUUUGGAGACUGCCUCAAGAUGAAAGUUCUAUUUUACCUGCCCUGAAACUGAGUUAUCAUCACCUUCCACUUGAUUUGAGACAAUGCUUUGCGUAUUGCGCGGUAUUCCCAAAGGACACCAAAAUGGUAAAGGAAAAUCUCAUCAAUCUCUGGAUGGCACAUGGUUUUCUUUUACCAAAGGGAAACUUGGAGCUAGAGGAAGUGGGUAAUGAAGUAUGGAAAGAAUUAUACUUGAGGUCUUUAUUCCAAGAGAUUGAAAUUAAAUCCGGUAAUACUUAUUUCAAGAUACAUGAUCUCAUCCAUGAUUUGGCUACUUCUCUGUUUUCAGCAAGUGCAGCAAGCAGCAAUAUUCGCGAAAUAAAUGUAAAAGGUUACACACAUAUGAUGUCCAUUGGUUUCGCUGAAGUGGUGUCUUCUUACUCUCCUUCGCUCUUGAAAAAGUUUGUCUCGUUAAGGGUGCUUAAUCUAAGUUACUCAAAACUUGAGCAAUUGCCCUCUUCCAUUGGAGAUCUAUUACAUUUAAGAUACCUGGACCUGUCUCGCAAUAACUUUUGUAGUCUUCCAGAGAGGCUAUGCAAGCUUCAAAAUCUGCAGACUCUUGAUCUACAUAAUUGCUACUCACUUUAUUGUUUGCCAAAACAAACAAGUAAACUUGUUAGUCUCCGAAAUCUUGUACUUGAUGGCUGUCCAUUGACUUCUACUCCACCAAGGAUAGGAUUGUUGACAUGCCUUAAGACUCUAGGUUGCUUUAUUGUGGGAAGGAAGAAAGGUUAUCAACUUGGUGAACUAAAAAACCUAAAUCUCUAUGGCUCAAUUUCAAUCACACACCUUGAGAGAGUGAAGAAUGAUACGGAUGCAGAAGCCAAUCUAUCUGCAAAAGCAAAUCUGCAAUCUUUAAGCAUGAGUUGGUAUAACGAUGGACCAAACAGAUAUGAAUCAGAAGAACUUAAAGUGCUUGAAGCCCUCAAACCACACCCCAAUCUAAAAUAUUUAGAGAUCAUUGCCUAUGGAGGAUUCCGUUUUCCAAGUUGGAUAUAUUACUCAGUUUUGGAGAAGGUCGUCUCUAUUAGAAUUAAAAGCUGCAAAAACUGCCUGUGCUUACCACCCUUAGGUGAGCUACCUUGUCUAGAAAGUCUAGAGCUACAAUAUGGGUCUGUGGAGGUGGAGUAUAUUGAAGAGGAUGAUGUUCAUUCUAGAUUCUCCACAAGAAGAAGGUUUCCAUCCCUGAAAAGACUUCGUAUAUGGUUCUUUCGUAAUUUGAAAGGGUUGGUGAAAGAGGAAGGAGAAGAGAAAUUCCCCAUGCUUGAAGAAAUGGCAAUUUUAUAUUGCCCUAUGUUUGUAUUUCCAACCCUUUCUUCUGUCAAGAAAUUAGAAGUUCAUGUUGGCACAAAUGCAACAGGUUUGAGCUCCAUAUCUAAUCUUAGCACUCUUACUUCCCUCCGCAUUGGCGCUAACUACGAAGCGACUUCACUCCCAGAAGAGAUGUUCAAAAGUCUUACAAAUCUCGAAUACUUGAGUUUCUUUGACUUCAAGAAUCUCAAAGAGCUGCCUGCCAGCCUGACUAGUCUCAAUGCUUUGAAGCGUCUCCAAAUUGAAAGUUGUGACGCACUAGAUAGUCUCCCUGAACAAGGGCUGGAAGGUUUAACUUCACUCACUCAGUUAUUUAUUAAAUACUGUAAGAUGCUAAAAUGUUUACCCGAGGGAUUGCAGCACCUAACAGCCCUCACAAAUUUUGGAGUAACUGGUUGUCCAGAACUGGAAAAGCGCUGUGAUAAGGAAAUCGGAGAAGACUGGCACAAAAUUGCUCACAUUCCAAAUCUGGAUAUUCGUUAGUCUUAUUGUCGUUGUUUCUUGGGUUCUUUGUUUGUGAGUUUCCCACACAGGUUACAUUCCUGCCAUUGGAUGUAAUGCUGUGAUUUUCUUUUGGAAACAAAUCAACGAUUAAGAUCUAUUUGUACUGUUACUUAUGACGUAAAAUCCAUUCCCUGUACUUGCUCAUGUUGUAUUGAUAUGCACUAUUUCUGAUUAUCCUCUACCAGAGGUAGUGUUGAUAAGGAUACAAAGGAGUCUAUACUGCAACUGUUAGGGUAUGAAAUGGGGGAAUUGCCUUUCAAAUAUCUUGGUGUACCACUCUCUACCAAGAGGCUCGCUAUUCCGCAAUGCCAACCUCUGUUGCUAGGAUUACUACCUGGAUGGCAAGGGUCCUAUGCAGGCAGACUUCAAUUGAAGUCGAAGCGUAUUGGACACAACUAUUUCUGCUACCUCAGAAAGUAAUCAGAUUGGUGGAAGUUAUAUGUUGAACAUACUUGUGGACUGGAGAAGUAAAUAUAUCCAAGAGGGCACUGGUCUCAUGGGACAGAGUAUGCUUACCCAAAAGUGCAGGAGGGCUGAAAAUUUGGAAUCACGCAGCCAUCUGCAAGCUGUUCUGGGGAAUGAAUGUGUCCUAUCACCUAUGUAAUUUGGCUGAUGAAACUGCUCAACAUAUAUACUUUGAAUGUUCCUAAUCUAGAGCUGUUUGACAGAAUAUCUUACAUGGAUGAAAUGGACUAGAACCAUAUUAAAGCUGUUUGGCUUCAUAACAAACAUUAUAUAGUAAUGGCCUAGUCCAACUUGGUCUUCAUACCCAUAUUCUAUUU